AUGGCUCCUAAAUCUCUUGUUGUAUUAGGUGGCACUGGUUUUCUUGGAAAACACAUCUGCGUUGCUGCUCUUAACGCUGGCUGGAAAGUCACUUCCUUGUCGCGUUCAGGAAAACUAAGCAAAGAUCAGCUUGAAGGAUUCCCUAUUCAAACCAUAUCUCAAAUCCAGUGGAAAAAAGCCAACGUUUUUGAUCCUUCAAGUUACCGAAAGGAGUUGGAAAAUGCAGACGGUGUUGUUCACACUCUUGGUGUUAUUUUUCCUGAUGCGCGUUAUAAGACCAUAGUUAACAGUGAUGUCUGCAAUGAGUUUCCAAAAAUUUUGGAAACUGCUAAAGACAUUGCAAUUUCCAAGUCACCACUAUCAUUUUUUUCAACCCCUUUUUCAAAAUCUGCAAACCCUAUGAACAAAACUCCAGUGAUUGAUCAAACCGUUAAAAAUGAACAGCUAUUUGAAAAACUUAAUAAAGAAUCAGCUGUUUUGUUGGCACAAGAAUUUUCCAAGAUUAAGCAAGAACAUCGCUCAAAUGAGGAAGGUCCUAAGAAGGGCAACGCCUUUGUUUACAUUUCGGCGGAGGAUUAUAAUAAGUUUGCUCCUGAAGAGUAUAUCGAGUCUAAACGUGCUGCUGAAAGUUUGAUUUCUGAUAUCGGCGGUAUUAGAUCUGUCUUUUUAAGACCAGGAUUUAUGGUGGAUAAUGGUUCUAAGGGAAACACUUUAAGAGAUUUUUUGGGUAAUGCGUUUAUUUUGAGAAAUAACUUAUCAAAGGUCUUUGGGGUUGAAGAAUGUAUAGGUGCCAGUCCUGUUCUUUCUACACAAACUGUUGCCAAAGCUGUAGUUGAAGCAUUAGAUGACCCUACAUUAUCGGGUCCUAUAAGUUUGGGUGCUCUUCAUAAAUACGCAACUGAGUUUGCCAAGUAA